GCUAGAAAGAAAUUAAUGGCCGAUACCACCCCCUUACUCCCUCCCUACCCCACCACCUCCUCCUCCUCCUCCUCCGCCUCCUCCUCCUCCGCCUCCUCCUCCUCACACCAAAUACCUAAACCCUCCACCCACUCCAUCGACGAGGCCAUUGAAAGCCACAUCGGAGCCACUACCGCCGCCGCCCAACUCCUCCCCGCCUCCCUCGCCGCCCUUGCCUGGGUCUUCGACGCCCAACAAACUUUCAUCAACGUCUUCGCCGACGCUAUGCCACCCUGGCACUGCACUUCCCCUUCCUGCUCAGAAGCGGCCGCCGCUGCAGGCUCCUCCCCCUGCAACCUCCCCCCUUCAUCCUGGUCCUGGUCUCUCCCUCCUUACACCUCCACAAUCUCAUCUUGGUCCCUUCAAUGCUCCUCCCCCGCCCUCCUCGCCCUCCCUUCCUCCUCUUUCUUCCUCGGCUGCCUCACCGGCGGCUUCCUCCUAGCCACCCUCGCCGACUCCCGCCUCGGCCGCAAGAACAUGCUCCUCCUCUCCUCUCUUCUCAUGUCCCUCUCGGCCGCCCUCACAGCCGCCUCCCCUUCCCUCCUAGUCUACGCCGCCCUGCGCUUCAUCUGCGGCUUCGGCCGAGCCACAGUCGGCACGUCUGCCCUCGUUCUCUCCACCGAACUCGUUUCCCGGCGGUGGCGCGACCGCGUUAGUAUUAUUGGUUUUUUAUGUUUUACCAUUGGGUUUCUGUCGUUGCCGGGGAUAGCUUAUGUUGCGCGGGGAGAGUCUUGGAGGACUUUGUAUGUUUUGACUGCGGCGCCGGCGUUUGUCUAUACGGUGGUGGUUUAUUUUACGAUGAAGGAGUCGCCGAGGUGGUUGUUGUUGAAGGGCAGGAGGCUUGAAGCUAUUGAGACGAUCAAGAAGAUGACGGGUGGUGGCAAUAAAGUGAUUAAUUCCAGUUUCUCUAACUUGGCGUUCGUGGUUCCACAUGUUGGUGCAGACGAGGAGACCUCCGACAACAUCUUCGCCGCCGCCAAAACACUCUGGUAUAACCGUUGGGCUUUCCGGCGACUAACCGCUCUAAUGACCGUCAGCUUCGGCGUUGGCGUGGUGUACUACGGCAUGCCUCUCAACCUCGGCAACCUCUCCUCAAAUCUCUACCUAAGCGUUGCUCUCAACGCCAUCACCGAACUCCCUUCAUCCCUCCUCGUCUUCUGCCUCAUCAGCCACAUGAACCGCCGCAGCUCCACCCUCGCCUUCACGGCAGCUAGUGGCCUAUUCAGCCUAGCCUGCGCCGCUAAAGGCGGCCGCGGCGGGUGGCUAGAGAUGGCGGCGGAGGCGGAGUUAGCCGCGUUCUUUUCGGCGUGCACGGGUUUCAGCUUUGUGUUGAUAUAUAGCAUAGAGCUAUUUCCGACGUGUGUGAGGAAUUCGGCGAUAGCGAUGGUGAGGCAGGCGCUUGUGCUCGGCGGGGUGUUUGCGCCGGUGAUAGUGGCGGAGGGGAGGAGAAGGAGGGUCUUAUCUUUUGGGGUGUUUGGGUUGGCGAUUGGGUGCUGUGGGGUGUUUGCGGCGUGCUUGCCGGAGACGAGGGGGAAGGUGUUAAGUGAUACGAUGGAAGAGGAAGAGUGUGCGGGUGCAUGUGGUAAUUAAUUACUGCGCUUUUUGGGUUUUUUUAAUUAUUUUUGUUAUUGUUGGGAUUGUUGACUGUCGCUUUUCCUUGCAUUAAUUUGAUCUUUUUUGCAUUAAUCGUAGAUUCUUGCAUUAAUGAUUUUGUGGAUUUUAUAUUGAA